CUGGGAAAGACAAUUCGAAUGUAAUGCAACAAAUAUCAUGACAGACCACCCUCUCAUAAACUCAUUUGGGGCCAAUUGAAUGGAGACGGCAAGAGGAACAUAAUUAACUCUUAGAAAGGGCACAGACUUUGCCAUGCUAAGCUAAAGUUGAUUGGCUGUGUCGAAAACAAACCACAUUAUACGAAUAUAAAGCAGACUGUCCUUGCUGUCACCGAUCCACAACAUCUUGUCGUAGGCAGACUGUAAAAAAGCAGUUCUCAUCAAACUUCAUGGAAGCAAAUAUCAGAAAUUAUUUUCGUUGCUGGUCAUUUCAGAAAUAUAAGGAAGCUUGAUUUGAAGAGAGGCGUAUAUGAUAUAUCCAAAAUAUAAAAGUUGUACGAGAGAGAUUUGAUUGCCGGUAAGUGUUGCGACAUCUGGAAGAAGUUUCUCCCAUCUAAAGAGGAUAAAAACUUGG